UGCACAGCAACUCAACAUUUAAUUCAAGCUGGGAGGAAUGAACUUUUCAUAGGAAGCUGUGGAUGUUCACAAUGCUGCUGCAUAACAUUAUUGUAGUUUUCUCUGCAAGUGUAAUGACAAUAGAAUCCAAGAUGGAUGACUUUGAUGUCCAACUCUCAGGGUAUAAAGGAGUUGAAGGCCAAGGCAGGGUUGGAAUCUUUUAUAAAAAAAGAUGGCGAAGAGUCUGCAACUAUGGCUGGGAUAAAAAUGAUGCCAAGGUCAUAUGUAGACAAUUAGGAUAUGAUUCUGUAGGAUCUGAGGCACAGUUAUAUAAUUCAGACAGCAAAACUGAUAGAAUAAACCCAAGGAAAUGGGGCAAUGUGUCAGGAACGCAAUAUGGCAUUCAUAGCGUUAUGUGCCAUGGGAAUGAAACAUUCAUUGGAGAAUGCAAAAUGAAAUUACUUAAGAGAUCAAAGAAAUGCAAGGAAAACCAUGAUGCCAUUGCUAUAUGCAAGAAAGAUGACAGUGAUAAUGAUCUUCGUAUUUCUGACAUUGGACGGGUGGAAUUGAAACAUGAUGGAGUCUGGGGAUUGGUAUGUUACACAGGGAACGCUAACCAGCUUGAGAAAGUUCUUGCAGAUGUAUCAUGUAGACAACUCGGCUAUGAAUUUGGUCUAGUUUUAGAAAAGGACAGAAGAGAUUACCGAGGUCCCAUUCGGCUAUAUGACAUUGUGUGUGAUGGUACAGAAAGAAAAUUACAGGAAUGCAGCACAUUUCGUAGAAUUUAUGAGACAGGAAGUUCCUGUAAUUAUAUAUACGCAAUGUGUCCAGAGAAAUUUAGAGUAGGAAAAGGCCUAACUAAAUCUGGAAUACUGGAAGUCUUGAUUUCAAACAAAUGGUACAACGUUUGUGGUCCAUCACCCAAAACAGCAUGUAAUUGGCUUGGGUUAGAGAUGUCACCUGCCAGUGAGGCAGAACGCAGACUUAUUGAUACAAGUUUUCAAAGUGCCUGGAUUGGUUGUGAUGAUGAAGAAGAACUGUCUAAAUGUCGAUGGAUCUCUAUGACAGAUUGGAAGUGUGGAUUUACAUGCUCAGAUGAACCAGACAAAAGUGCUAUUUCUGAGGCUGUUAUAAGAUUGACGGAGGGAUCUAGUGGAUAUUUGGAAGUCCUUGUUGAUGACGAAUGGCUCACGGUGUGCAGCUAUGACAGGUCCUUUGGGAUUGCAAAAGCAGUCUGUCAACAACUUGGCUACAAAUCAAUUAUGCAUGUGUCAAUCACCAGGGAUAGUAUCUCUUCUCCAGAGGAACAAGAAUUUAUUGAAACAGACAUUUGCUGUAGAGGUUCUGAAAAGAAUUUAGGAGAGUGCUCAUAUUCCAUAUGGAAAAAAGAAAAAAAAAGUUACUGUAGAGCUGCAUCAAUAACAUGUGAUGUAUUUCCAAUUAGACUAAGUGAACAGGCACAUGGUGACUUACAGGUUUCUGUUAAUGGUACUUGGGUACCUGUGUGCACAUAUAGGAACGGUUGGAGAAUUGAAAAUUCACAAGUCAUUUGCAAACAUCUAGGAUUCAGCCCAGGCACAGUUCUCACAAUGCCAGGAUCACUAACACGUGAAAAAAAUGAUUAUGUAGGGAUAUAUAAUUUAGCAUGUGAUGGGUCAGAGAAUGCCAUAUAUGAAUGUGAAAACUUUGUAUGGGGAGGUGGUUCAAGUUGCGGGGAGAAAGUAUAUGUUGUAUGUGACAUGUUAAAUGCUACAAAAGUACAUUUAAAGGACUCUGAUGGUACUUCGGGUAAACCGGAGAUACUUAACAGAAGGCUCUGUAGCAAUAAUUGGACUGAGACUGAAGCAAGUGUAAUCUGCCAGAAUUUAGGCUUCCCUCCCGAAGGCGCUAUUCCACAAUAUUACGACCAACGCACAGCACUUUCAACAUCAAAUUCUUCUUGGUUUCAAUGUAAUGAAACUGAUUCUGGCACUGGGUGUUUGAUGAGAGAAGACCAAAAGUGUAAACAUCAUAAUGUAGCAGUGAAAUGCUUAGACCACCAGCCAGGUAUUCAUGAGUACAUCAGAGCAAAGACAGAGUUUCCUUUCGCGGGUCAAGUAGAGGUAUAUAUCUCACCUGAUCAGAAAGGGGCUGUUUGUGCCACAGGUUGGGGAACGAAGGAAACACAAGUGUUGUGUAGACAAACUGGAGCCUUUAAUGAACCUGAUAGAAAACCCAUCCAUGCAGGUGUUGACACAAAUAACUUGUUAGGAGGCAGAGAUGACCCAAUAGUGAUGAGUGAUGUCAAAUGUAAUGGAGAUGAAGCAAACAUUGCAGAAUGUACCUUUAAGAGUGGUAUUGAGGCUUCGUGCUCAUCUAACAGAAGAGUCAGGGUCUACUGUCAUCAACUUGAAGUAUGGAAACUAGAAUGGGGUGGACUGAUCCAGGUGAACAUAAAGCCUGGACAAGAGAAUGGCUGGAGAUGGAUGUGUGGGGAUGAUAUGACCAGAAAUACAAGUGAUGUAUUUUGUUUGUCUGACACAGGCAAAAGAAUUUUAAGCAGUGAUUAUGGUACCAUUUCAAUCUUUAGUGUACCCUCUAAAUUACAUUUUCGUGACUACUAUCCCCGGCAUAUUCUUACAUGGCCCAUGGUUAAUGCUAGGUGUGUGGGUGAUGAACUUUCUCUUGGGCAAUGUGAUUUGGAAGAGAAAAAACCUUACACCUGCAAAAAGGCAGCGCUUAUUUCGUAUUGCAAGGUUGAAAAGUAA